UGAAGCAGUGAGAGGACAGGGCUAGAGAAGUGACAGAUAUCUUCCAGCUGCUUCAGCAGGACAAACGCGACACUUGUUCCACCAUUUCAUCUCCAGUUGCCAUGGCCUCAGCCCUUAUCUCUGCCAUGAGUCUGAUCCUCGUUGCAUUGGCAUUCAUUCUCUGCAGCAGUCCGGCAGAGGCUCAAGCUGACUUAGCAUUGGACUGUUGCCUGACGGUUAGCCAUAAAACCAUCCCUAGACAAGUCCUCCUCUCUUACCGGAAGCAGCUGAGAGUUGACGGCUGCUCCCGAGAUGCUGUUGUAUUCACCACCAGGAAAGGACUGAAACUUUGUGCCCCAACUGCAGAGAAGGAGCCAUGGGUUAAAGAGACAAUUAAAUUUCUGGACACUAGGUUCAAGAAGUGCAAAGAAAACAAAUUUAAUGAGAAACGCUGUCAUGGCCUGAAGAAUUGAGUGAACACAUACACAUAAAUAUAUGCAUUAAAUGGCAGCUGAUGUAACUCUCUUCUAACAGUUUCUGUAAUACAUUUAGGUUCUUCCUCUUUCAGUAUUUUCAUUGUUGUUUGAUCUUCCCAUAUUUGCUGUUGUGUGAACAUAUUAUUCCUUUUGUGUGUGUGUGUGUGUGUAUUCUAUUCUGAUAUAAUCUUUGUGGUGGUGGUGUUUUUUUAUGUGAAUAAAUCUGAUGAAAAAAAAACAUAAA